AGAGCGUCACUCGUAACUAACCAGUCGUGUGCCUCCAACUCGAAAGCCUCGUAGCAGAAAGAGUUAGUUACCGGCAACCAUGGGCAGAGGAGGAAGGUCACGCACGCAGAGAAAGCAUUUCCGCCAGAACAGAGAGAACGAGUGGAAGCGUUCCAAAUCGGAUCCCAACGCUUCCGAAACCCAAACUACACCAUGGACUCCCUUCGCCACUGCGAACCCUUCCUUCGAUGCCUACUACAAGGAGCAAGCUGUGGUGGCUCCCGAUGAGUGGGAUCAAUUCGUCGCGUUUCUCAGAACUCCCUUGCCUGCUUCCUUCAGAAUCAACUCCAGUAGCCUGUUUGCUGACGACCUUCGCUCGCAACUGGAGAAUGAUUUCGUGCAUUCUCUUCGUGCUGUGGUUCCUGAAGGGGUUGAGACUGAGGCUAUUCGGCCAUUGCCGUGGUAUCCGGGGAACUUCGCUUGGCAUUCGAAUUUUUCUCGGAUGCAGCUCAGGAAGAACCAAACACUUGAGAAGUUCCAUGAAUUUUUAAAGCUAGAAAAUGAAAUUGGAAAUAUCACAAGACAGGAAGCUGUCAGUAUGGUUCCUCCCCUAUUCUUAGAUGUGCAUCCAGACCAUUUUGUACUUGAUAUGUGUGCCGCACCAGGUUCAAAAACAUUCCAAUUGCUUGAGAUUAUACACCAAUCAACUAAAGCAGGAUCACUACCUGAUGGAAUGGUUAUAGCAAACGAUCUUGAUGUACAAAGAUGUAAUCUUCUCAUCCACCAAACGAAAAGAAUGUGCACAGCCAACCUAAUUGUUACCAAUCACGAAGCGCAGAACUUCCCAGGAUGCCGUUUAAAUAGAAAUCAUGAACAGAUGGAGUUAGAUCACCAUAUUAACCAACUACUAUUUGAUCGUGUUCUGUGUGAUGUUCCAUGUAGUGGAGAUGGUACACUUCGUAAGGCACCUGAUUUGUGGAGGAAAUGGAACUCUGGGAUGGGACAUGGGCUUCAUAGCCUACAAGUUCUAAUUGCUAUGCGAGGUUUAUCUUUACUCAAAAUUGGUGGAAGAAUGGUUUAUUCAACGUGCUCAAUGAAUCCUAUUGAGAAUGAAGCGGUGGUUGCAGAGGUUUUGCGUAGGUGUGGAGGAUCUGUGAAACUUGUUGAUGUCUCUAGUGAGCUUCCACAACUUAUUCGCCGGCCAGGUCUCAAGAAAUGGAAGGUGUAUGACAAGAGCACUUGGUUUGUCUCUUACAAAGAUGUUCCUAAGUUUCGUGGAGGUGCAAUUCUUCCCGGUAUGUUUCCCUCUGGGAGACUUGAUAACAGUAAUCGUAAUGUUGACAUGGGAGACAUUGCUAAUGGUGCUAAUGGAAAUGCUGAAGAUUGUAUUCAAGCUGUUGAGAAUCCAGUGAUGCCUGAGUCUGUUGAGGAAGUUUCUGAUUUACCUCUAGAACAUUGCAUGAGGAUAGUGCCGCAUGAUCAGAACACUGGAGCCUUCUUCAUUGCUGUUCUGCAAAAAGUUUCCCCUCUUCCAGCCAUUCAAGAAAAGCCUAAAAUAGACGUUGGUGGGAAAUGUGCAGAACCAGCAAACCACAGUCUUCAGGAUGCACAAGUACUGCAGAUUAACUCAUCAGAAUGUGCAGAUGAAGAAAUCCUCGAAGAAGCUUCAGAGGAAAAUGUAAAUGACAAUGAACCUGAUACAGAAGAUUUGGAAGUUAGUCCUGUUCCAAAUGAAGAGGACUCUAAGGAAACUGAAGAGCCCCAUAAUGUACAAAAUGUGGAAAAGAAGAUUCCAGGCAAAAGAAAGUUGCAGAUUCAAGGGAAAUGGAGAGGUGUUGACCCUGUCGUCUUUUUCAAGGAUGAAGCAAUUAUUAGUAGUAUAAGGGAUUUUUACGGAAUCGAUGAGAAAUUUCCAUUCAGUGGCCACCUUGUUACAAGAAACGAUGAUACAAGUCAUGUGAAAAGAAUUUACUACAUCUCCAAGUCAGUCAAGGAUGUUCUUCAGUUGAAUUUAUCAGUUGGGCAGCAACUUAAAAUUACCUCAGUUGGCCUGAAGAUGUUUGAAAGACAAACAGCAAGACAAGGCAGCGAUGCACCAUGUGCUUUCCGAAUAUCAUCUGAAGGGCUGCCCCUUAUUCUCCCAUACAUCACCAAACAAAUUCUACAGGCAUCACCUGCAGAUUUCAAGCGUAUUCUGCAGGACAAAGAUGUAAAAUUUGAUGAUUUUGCUGAUGCUGAAUUUGGCAAAAAUGUGGCAAACCUAUUGCCAGGCUGUUGUGUGUUAACUCUGGCUAAAGGGAACGAAGUUGCUACAGAGUCCCUCAAAGUGGAUGAGUCAACAAUAGCCAUUGGAUGCUGGAGGGGUAAGACGAGAUUGACUGUGAUGGUUACUGCCAUGGAUUGUCAAGAACUGCUUGAAAGGCUUUUAAUACGUCUAGACACAGAAAAUGGCUCCAACGGGCAUGUAGACAAAUCCUCUAUUAAUGCGAGUGAAGUACAGCCUUUACCGGAGUUGAACGGUGGAAAUGAGGAUGAUGUAAAAGCUACUGUAAGCUAAAAAAGUGACUAUUUAGCUGAUAUUUAAUACUCAUUUGUAACACAUUUUUAUGAUGAUGCAUACAAAAAAUGGUGAUUUUUUCCCCUUCACCCAUGUAACGAUAGUGAUGAAAUUACUUGUUCUCGUCAUUACUUUCUAAGAUACAGACGUUUGUUACUGUUUGUAUUAGUAAUAUUCUAUGACUUUGAAAGUUUGCAUGAAUGGUUUGUAUCAUUUUUUA